UAUCUAAAUAAUUAAAGUUAAGAAGAUAAUAACUAGUAUACAGUCCUGCAGGAAUGUAAAAGCUUACAUGUAUACAAAAGUUUUGUAACGUUUUAUACAAUCAAUUCUAAGCUUUGUUACUGUGGCUGUUUUUUGUUACAUUUUCAUUUAACUAUAGAAGGAAAUAUUUAUUACUUUUAGAGAAAUAAAUUAUAAUUAAAGAAAAAUGAAAACCACUGUGUUACUUCUGCUGCUGAGUCAUGUUUCAUUAUCAUUGCAAACAUGCCUAAAGCCUGCUCUCCCAAGAUAUGCAGAAUCUGUAAAUCAACUGAAGAAUGCAUAUAAUGAAAACGAAAAAUUUUAUUACCAAUGUGUUGAAGGAUAUCACUUUCAGAAUGAUGAUGAAAUACAACAUAAGGUGUUAUGUAAAAAUGGAGCUUGGCAGCCUAGCUUUUUAAAAUGUGUGGACAAUUGUGAUAAUAAAUGUGUCCAUGGAUCGUGCAUUGCCAAGAUUAAUAGAAACACGAACAGCACUCAAUACGGCUGUCUAUGUGAAGAAAGCUAUACACAAAAAUAUUGUGAUAUUCGUAUAUGCUCAUCAUUAGGUACACUUCCCCAUGGAAAAAUAAUUCCAGAGAGAUAUUCAACUGGACCACUUUCCCGUGCAGUUGGCACCAGAGUUAGGUUUACUUGCGAUGUAGGGUACAUUAUGGAUGGAUAUCCAAUCUCAACUUGUAGAACAACUGGUUGGUCUCACCAUCUUCCCACCUGUAAAGUUCUUACAUGUAAAAUUCCUGAUAAUAUCGACAAGAAAUUGUAUUACAUCCCAAUGUAUAGAUCAUAUCCUAUCCAUAAAAAUAUACGUUUCUCCUGCAUGGAUAGCUACGUUCUUCAUGGUGUAGUGUCUGUGUAUUGUACCAGCAAAGGUGUGUGGUCUGGGGAAUGGCCAAUAUGUUCUAGGCCUUUUUGUCCCACACCACCUCAAAUAAGCCACGGAUACAGACGUACUGACAUAAAAUAUCCGAUUGGUGGUAUUGUCACAUACACGUGUGAAAGUGGUUAUGUGAUGGAUCCUACGAAGAGCUCACAAAGGAAAUGUUCUCCAGCCCUCAUGUGGACAGGCGAACUGCCGAAAUGUCUUCGACUAAGUGAGUUCCGAGGGAAAUGUGAGAGAAGCGGUCAAAUGAUGGUGAAAUCUGAUGGACGUUAUCAAUGUGCAAGAGUUAACGUUACUCCAGUCACUGCGAAAAACUCGUCCACAAAAACAUUGACAAUUGUGACAGCUACCGCAGGCGGUUUGUUGUUGUUGUUGCUAAUAGUGAUUAGCAUCGUCGCACUUCAAAGACGGCGUGUUUUGAGAAAUCGAAAUUUUGGUCGCAGCGACGAUCGGUGUUCUUUUGUGUAUUAUUCGAACGACGUCCACGUCGUUUUGCCCUCUUACGACGAGGCUAUGCAAGCUCGAACACUGCAAGCGCCGCCUCCAUACCGAGGAGGUGAUAACCAAACAACUGCCGCCCCUCUUACGGCGAGGAGACACGCCCUCAAUGCUCUUGAAGCAGCACAACGCGGUGAAAAUGAAUACGAAACAAUAGAUGAUUUAACCACAGCGACGGAGAACACUCCUCCACAAACAUCUGAAGGUGAACCUAUAUACGCCUCUAUACAACGUGUACUAGGCGGCAAUCCUCAAAAUGUCUCACCUGACGAAAACAAUGGAACUGAAAAUGAAAUAAAUCGGAGCACCGAGGAGGAGAGUGCCUCUCCGUCUGAUGACGUGGACUGUAAUGACGAUCAAUCAGAUGCUAUGGUUGAUGACAGCGAUCGUGCUCCGUUAAUUAGUAAUUAAUAUUUAUUCUACCUGCUGUCAGCUAUUUUUUUGAAUUUGGUGAUGGUAAAUCACAUUAAGAAAACAGUACUUUGUUUUUUGACGAGAAAAAUGGAUAGUAUCGGUCUUUUUUUAUUCUCUGUCAUUUUUUUAAGAGAAGAAAAAUGCAAUGAAAACAUUUCUUACAUAGUCUAUUUCCCUUUCUUUUAAAUAGUGCAUUAAAGGAGAUCUGAGAACGAGGUAGAUGUUGUUUGCAUUACUUAUUAUCGGACGAAAUUAUUCAUCGGAACUUACAGAAAAUUUUGUCACUUUCAAUUUGAAGUUUGCUGUGCUCAUCUUUAUUUUAGUUCCUUGUAGAAAUUUUUUUUAAAUAACUCUUGACGAUAAAUUUAAGUCAGUAUCCUAGUGCAAAAUUAGUCGAACGAAAUAUUUCGUGCGUAAAAUUACCGACGUCACCUUGGAAAUUCCGUCACUUUGUGUUGGGAGGAUAGCUUUGUCCGACAUUCCUUCAUCAAUUAUAAGUAAAUAAACUAUGUUGUUACUGUCGGAAAUGUUCUGUCUGUUGUUAAACACAUGUUAUGGUCACAAUUGUUAAAUUCGCAGUUUUGUGAAUUUGUUACGUACUUGUUAUGUUUUUUUUAUUUUCAAAACCAAAAGGCCGGCAAGAAGUAAUUGUCCACUCCAAAACGGUUCAAAAUGGAUAAGUCUGAUUUCUGAAAUCUAAUUGAUUGAUGCACUUUACUGGUCAGAUCCAAAGUGAAAGAGUUGAAUCAUUUCAACUUUCAGUUAUUUCAAAAUAAUUGGCAGAUAUCUAAUCAAAUUAGGUAUUUUUCUUUUUCCUUUCCGUUUUCCUGUUCAGUGGAAAUUCAACUUAUUGGUUUGUAUAAAAAAUAUUUAGGUCACAUCAUGUGGUCUAUCUUUAUUUUUUAUGAUUUGAAAUAUAUAUAAACUGGUUUUUUAAUGUGCAGCAAGUUUCGUAAAAUACCCGUUAAAUUCGACCUAACGGUUGAUAUUAUCGUGUUCAUUUAUUUUGAAGUAUAACAUAAAUAAAUUUGUAUAUAAUAAAUUUUUUGUUCAUUUUGUAUAUUUGUUCUUUCUUAAAAAAACGGAGCGAAAAAAUCAUAA